GACUUCCAAGCAGAUCAACAAAGGUUACACAACCGGAAGAGCUUUAAGCACGCAACUGCCCUUAUCAUUCGAAUUUCUGCUUCGAUUCUGCAGAGCCUUCUAUUUAACGUCCACUUCAGUCUGGAAAUAAUCUGACCGUUGUCGACAGCCGUGAGAUUGCGAGCUUAAACUAUCUAACACUACUUCAUUGGAAGUGGCAAGCGCAACCUCUUGCAGGGAAACAACUUUCGAGCUCAGGCUCUUAGUUCUUACUUUCAGCACUCAGGUGCGUCCUGCUUUCAUCUCAGUUGGUCCAGGGCGUAAAGUUGGCCAGGCCAAAUGAAGCCAUGUCGCGCUACCUUGCUCCAUCCAAAAUCGCCUUGUUGGCUCUCGUUCAGCUUUACAUUGAAGGGGCACUUCCCAACAAUGCCAUCGUGCCGGUGAUCGACUUCCUGGCAAGUCACUUGCUCGAUUACAGCUUGGCAGGGCCUUCCCCGGCCCCGGCCGAACAAUGGAAAAGGGCUGAGAACACCAUCAGCCUUGCCGUGUCGGUCCAGCACUUCGAGAAAUUGCUGGCCUCGUUUGCUGCUGUUGACCGCCUUCCCGGCCGCAGCUUGUGGGACAGAUUUCUGGAGAAACUAUGGGGUAUUGACUCGCUUCAUACCCUGCACGACUUCGUUGACCAGCUACCGAACCUCCUGGCGAGGACCAAGGCCGAACUGCGCGAAAUGGCCGAGCGCGGCGAGAACCCCCCUUCCGGCGUACUUCUCUCUCGCAGUUCCCCUUUUGGAGCCUUUGUGAGGCGAUCGCACCUCGAGUUCUCCAGGAUGCCGUUCGAUCAGGUGGCCGAACUGUGGAGGACGUUUGUUAAAUAUCGCCAACCGACGGCACCUUACUGGAGGCGGCGAAAUCCUCAGCACAGCCGGCUCAGCUUUGACUCGGUGCUCCUGGAGGGAGAGCAUGAGUGGGGGACCCAGACGGACGAGGUUGCCGUGGCAGCGUACGGAAACAUGCUGCUCAUGGACGAUGAUGACCCUUCCGUGCCCGUCAGCACCGAUGAUAUUCAAGCCAUGCUGGAGUUCCAGAUUGAACAGGUUCAGAAGUACGGAGUUCGAGUACCGCCGAAUAUCAGGGACGAUUUUCUGAAACUCUUGAAGAGCGCUCGUGUCGUCCCGAGCUUGUCACACUAUCACAGCUUCUCAGAUUCAUCGCUGUCGGGUGAAUGCCCAUCAUCUUUCGACCACCUCCACCGCUACUUCGAUUACACGAUGCAAAACCGGGACCGCUUGUUCUACCAAUACGCGCUGCUGAACCUAGCAAUUGCGCAGUCAAAUUUUGGCUGUCACAAAGACGCAGUAGCAACCAUGCUGGAAGCUAUUUCGACUGCCAAAGAGAACAGGGAUACAGCUUGCCUCAACUUUGCCCUAAGCUGGCUCUUCCACUUCAGCCUGGCUCGCCCGAAUCUGGUCAAGGAGCUCAAAGACAACAGCAUGCUCGGUAGUGGCAAGGAGUUGCUCGCCUUUCUCCGGACAAAAGCAAAGGAGACGGGCAUGUGGAUACUAUGGAGCUCGGCGCUUUUGAGCGAGGCCAAGCUUGAGCUUGCAGACGGGGACAGCAUCUCGACUGCCCUGGAGAACAUGGUGCGGAGUUCCCAGAUUAUUGUUGAGAGAAACGUCCAGACCAUGCUUGGGGCCCAGCUCUCCCUGGUAAUUGCAUUGUGGGACAGGGUUGGUCUGGCUGUAAUGUCGAAGAUGACAUGCGAGGUCUUCCUCCGCUGCCAUACAAAGACGUCUUUGUUUGACGAUAAGCUGAGGCUCACGUGUCGAAUGGCUGGGCUGCUGGCUGGGACGGGGAACUAUGAAGAAGCGUUUGCGAGGCUGGAGGCCAUCGACACCAAUUCGCUCCGCUCGGCAAAACCCGACCAAUACUGGCACCUCUACCGCGGACUCCUCAAACUACGUCAAGAUCUUCACCACAACAACCUGGAGUCGGCCGAGACUCUGCUUUUCCAGCUGCUCCAGAACAACCCCGAGGACACUGAGCACGACAUGGUCUUCAUCAUCGACACGCUGCACAUUGAGGCGCUGACCCGCCGCCGGGACUACGAAACAGCCUUCGCCAAAGUUGAGCGACUGAUCUCGGAAUUCCGCGAGGAAAACAGGGACACAUCGUUGCGCAUCCGCCUCCUCCUGAUCAAAGCCCACCUCUUCGACUGCAUCGGCCGGCCAGAGAAGGGCUUCAGCAUUGUGAUGCGCGCGGCAAGCAUGGCCUGGCGGGCUCGGCUCCUGGCGCUCCUGUGGCAGGCAAUUGGGGCCCUGGCCAACAUCCUCAACUGCCUGGGCGAGUUCGCGGCGGCAGAGCUACUGCUCGUCGCCGUUCUGCCCCGCUGUCUCGAGACGGACGUAGUCUACACGGCGGGCAUGCUGUACAGCCUAUUGGCGGACGCGAGGGCGGGCUUGGCAGGCGGGAUGAAGGGGCGCGGCGACCCGGCGGAGAGGGUGAAGAUGAUGGGGAGAGUUCACGGGGCGUUGGAUUCGGCGUUUCAGUGCUUUUCGGCCGUGGAAGAUGUGGAAAAGAGGUUUGAGAUGAUGGCGAAGAAGGCGGCGCUGUUUCGGGCGGAGGGGAAUCUUGCGCAGGCUGAGAGUUGCGCGGAUACGUACCUGGGGCUGUGGGCGGAAGAGCAGGCAAGGAAGGGGGCAUGAUAGAGUGCCUCCUGAGGCUGGCAGAGGCAAGCAGGAGGGGGGGGUUGAUAGUGCUGCCGAAGCCGGUGCGCGGUGCUGGCUCAGGCGACGGGUAGGAAGAAAUGGCUGUCAGUUUGAAUGUCCUGGGCCCAAUUCAUCUUGAAUGCCGAAUGCCUUCACCUUCCUUCCAGCACAUGUCUGAUCCUUCCAAACACCUCUUACUGUCAAUCCCGCGCAUUGGAC